AUGGCAGGGCAUUCAGAAAGAAGCGAGCACAGCCAGGACCAUCAUCAUCGCGAAGAUGGUAACAGCGAGAGGCACACUUUCAGCGUCUCGAUCGUGAACGGCGGAAACAGAGCGUGGAAGUUCUUACUCUAUCAGACAAAUCCAACAGAAAGUGAUGUAGUUCCAGCUUGGUUUGUGUCUCCCGAAAUACCGGUAGGCGAUAAAAUUACCUUUUCGUGGAAGGCGAAAUACAGCUUCGUGUGGUCCGAAGUGGAGAAAAUAAGGCCCGGUGUAGCGUUUCGUGCUACUGGGCACAAGGAAUGCGACCCUAAAGAUAAAAACGUCGUGAAUUUCAGCUUUUGCGACGACACCCCACAUCUAUCUGAUGCUUUUGGUGGAGGAGAGAAAGGUACCCUAACGAUCAUUGACGGUGAUAAUAUCCCACCAAAUAGGUUUGCUGUAGGGGUCGGCAUGUCGGGCAAAACCAUCUAUGUUGCGAAUGCGACGUCGAAGAUGAAGCACGUGUUUAUCCCCAAACCAAAUUACUGGAUCAGCGCUAUGAAUGAAGUGACUGAGGGUAUGUUCAUGGACAUAAAGACCAUCACUCAAAGUGGAGAAUUGAAAUUUCCACACAAAGUGUUUGAGCUAACGGCAACAUUGCAGAAAAAUAAUAUCUGGAAAAUCGAACACUAG